GGGUGACGCCAGUCCCUCUCACCCCGCCCCGUUCAACUCAGUCGGCUGCGUUCAUUUCAUUCCUGCUCCCAUUCCGCGCAUAUUUCUCAUCCUUGGAGAGACGCUGCGCAUUUUACGCAUUCAGCGCGCCCGAUCCUUCAUCAAACCAAAACCGAGAGGAGGCUCUGGAGUUGGCGGAGGGCUUCCGAUGCUGUAGCGACUUCUAUCCGUGGAAAGUAUGGGAAUUAAUCCAUAAAGAGGCGUAUGAAUCGAGGUUCCUGCUGUCUGGUGUUGGAUAUUGAAUGACCUUGCUGAGUUUUCUACAGUCUAUUAACCACAUUCAGUAUUAUUACUGGCAGUUAAUGACUUAGUUAAUCUGGGAUCACUACUGUUGAAGCUGCAGUUAGCAUUAGCAUUAGCAUUCAGUUUCUUGUUGCCCACAGUUGUCUGCACGGAGUUAAUUAUUGCCAUUGGUAUUUACACUAACUUGAAUUUACCAACGUUUUUUUAAUCACGUCACCUACUUAGCAUCAAUCCACUAGCUUUAGUGCUGAGUAUACAUUGUUUAGUUAACGUUAGCUGCCAGGAUGGAGCGCAGUAGCUGGAGUGGCAGUGAGAGUCCUGGGGAGGACAUGGACAGACUGAGUGACUCAGGAGGGGACAAGACCAUGGACGGGGACCCAGAGGGAGUCUGGAGCCCCGACAUCGAGCAGAGUUUCCAGGAGGCCCUGGCCAUUUACCCACCCUGUGGAAGGAGGAAGAUCAUACUGUCAGAUGAGGGAAAGAUGUAUGGCCGAAAUGAACUAAUAGCCAGAUACAUCAAACUUCGAACAGGCAAGACGCGGACAAGGAAACAGGUAUCCAGUCAUAUCCAGGUCUUAGCCAGAAGAAAAUCCAGAGAGUUUCAGUCCAAACUAAAGGACCAGAAUGCCAAGGAAAAGGCUCUGCAGAGUAUCUCCUCAAUGUCCUCAGCUCAGAUUGUCUCAGCCACUGCCAUACACAGCAAACUACUGCCUGGAAUAGUGCGGGCCAGCUUCCCUGGCAACGCACAGCUGUGGCAGGGGAUGAUUCCCGGGGGACAGUCCAGCUCCACCACAGAGGAUAUCAAGCCGUUCUCUCAGCAAGCCUACAAUGUGCAGACAGCAGGGACUACCACAAUCUCAGGCUAUGAGCCUCCCACUACAGCCCAAACACACAGAGAGCCAGCAUGGCAGGGUCGCUCCAUCGGCACCACCAAACUACGACUGGUGGAGUUUUCAUCUUUCCUGGAGACACAGAGGGACCAGGAGGCAUACAACAAGCACCUGUUUGUGCACAUCAGCCAGAGUAGUCCAAGCUAUAGCGACCCACUGCUGGAGUGUGUGGACAUUAGGCAGAUCUAUGACAAGUUCCCAGAGAAGAAGGGCGGCCUCAAGGAGCUGUUUGGAAAGGGCCCACAUAACGCAUUCUACCUGAUCAAGUUCUGGGCGGACCUGAAUUAUAAUGUGCAGGAUGACCCAGCAGCCUUCUAUGGUGUGACCAGUCAGUAUGAAAGUUCAGAGAACAUGACCAUCACCUGCUCCACCAAGGUCUGCUCUUUUGGCAAGCAGGUGGUUGAGAAAGUGGAGACGGAGUAUGCAAGGUUUGAAAACGGGCGUUUCAUCUACAGAAUCAGUCGCUCUCCGAUGUGUGAAUACAUGAUCAACUUCAUCCACAAGCUGAAACACCUUCCUGAGAAAUAUAUGAUGAACAGUGUACUGGAGAACUUCACUAUUCUGCUGGUGGUGAGCAACAGAGACACUCAGGAGACCUUGCUGUGUAUGGCGUGUGUUUUCGAGGUGUCCAACAAUGAGCAUGGAGCACAGCAUCACAUCUAUCGACUCGUCAAGGAAUAACACACAAGCUGCCUUUGUUUGGUAAUUAAUGGUGACACUGGAGGUAAAAUAUAAAAUGUCUAUAAACUGAAUUGUGCAAGAGUCUUUCAGCCAAACAAUUUUGACUUAUUGAAGAAAGAAAAUGGCUGCACUUUCACUGCUGCUCAUGAAAAAAAAACAUCUUAACAAUAAUAAAGUGGAAAUUUUUAAUUAACAACAAAUAUGCUGCAGUAUUCUCCCCAACAGGGACAAAAUAUUAACUCCAACCUGAAUAUUAGAUGUUCAUUAGCUGUAAAAAGCACAGAGGCAGUGCAGCCAUAGAAACACAUUAUAAUUGACCUGAGUGGUUUUCCCAAGAACAUUGUGACUCAGAUAUCACCAGGAGAUGUCACAUCUCCUGCUAAAUUUUUUGUUACCAACUUUGUCCCAGCAAGUUUAUAUUUUGCUGAUGAUGGAAAUGAAAGUACUAUUUCUGUCAUGUGCGUUUGGAAAACACAACCAAGGGAGAGAGAGCAAAAAAUAUUUUCUCCCCCUGUGAAAUAAGUGUGUGUUAUUUGCUAAUAUAUUGACGGACACUGAAGGUCAGACCCUGUGUAUCAUCAAUAACCAGAGAAGGAAAUAACACUACUGCAUUAUCUUAUAGUACACAGUAUAGAGGUGGAGUUGUUCAGAUAGCCACUGCAAAUUGUGUGAGUUGCAUUCUUGCACAGAAGAGGUUUGUCCCAAAGAAAAGGAAUCAGUUUUUACCUUUUGUAUGUUUCUUUAAAAAAGAAAAAAAAAAAAGAAUAGCUUCUAAACUUUGGGAAAUUGAUUAUUUAUAGUAGCAUAUAGACUAUAUUUUAACUCCAGGAACACUAUCUAAAAUUUAUGUCAAUAAGAAACUAUAAGUAAAAUUGAACAAUUCAGGUACCUUUUUGAGCAACAGUUGACUCUUCAUUUAGAUACAAAAAUAAAUAAAUCAAGACCUUGUUGAAGUUAUAAUCCUUAAGAUUUCAGUCCUGGUUGAUUUAGCAUUAGCAACAAAUACAUGUAGCUUCGUCACAGUAAAAGCCACUCAGUGUUUUGUCAGAGAUAAAAUUACAGUAACAUUGGAUUACAUACAUGCUUUGUUCCCUGGGAGGCUACUUGAGCUAUCCAAGACAGGUUUUGAUUUUAUGAAAAUCUUGAGGGUUAUAACUUUAAAUAUAUUGUGGUCAGUCCAUUGGAAAGCACUGUGAAUCUUAUGAACUAUACAACAACAUGUUCAAGGGAAUGAAAAGUUUCAGAUGGUUAAAAAAGAAAAAAGUUAAAAGAAAUCUAUGAUCUGUUUUGGAUUUUGAUCAGGUUUCAGUUUGUAAAUUAAGUUUAGCUUAGUUCAGUUUUCUCAUACCAGCUAACAUGAGCUUUAACAUGUCCAUACUGACACAGGUGUUAAAGUCUGAAAUAUUAUUACAUCCAUAUUUCAAUGAAAGAUAGCCCUGACCACAGGCCUUGACACCUGUUUUUCAGCUUGAGAGUUUUCCAAGUCAGGACAGCUUGUUCAGGGCUCAAUUUUAGCUGUAGAGGACAUUAAAGUGAUUGAAGACACAGAUCCCUUUAAUCAGUCAAGGACUGGUUUCUUCCAGUUAAACAGUGUCAGCAUGAAACAGAAACCAAAAACUGUUAAUGAAUUGUACUGUAGCAGGUGUCGACUGGUGGUUUGUCCGUGUCAUGCUCAGCAGCAUGAAGUGCCUUUGGUUGGAAACAGAAGUAGACAUACUUCUUUUAUUCUGUUUCACAAGAUCUGAUAAUUUGGUGUGCAGACAGACAUGUUAGUGAAUAUGAUGAAUUGAGUAUCACAUGCUCCAGUACUCAGUGUCUUAUCCAAAUUCUGUAUUUCAUGGUUGUUUCUUGUUGUAUUUUGUAAGCAGUCAGCAGUGGACCAUCCUAAAGAAUCUGUUUCUGUUUCCCAUGUCACUGAGACACAUUCUUGUUCACUUUGUAACUGAUGGAAUUUAGCCCACGUGUAUUUGCAUUUUUGUAUACAUGUAUGUGUGACAGAUUCAUGUUGAAACAGCUUACACAUGAUGGUGCCUCAUUGUUUGAACCAAUUCUAAAUUGUAUCUUUACAUCUAUACUGUAGAGUAAUUGAAAAAGAUCUGGACCAUUAUUGAUCAUAAAACUGAUCAAAUGCACAUCGUGGUUGAGUUAUUUACUCAUGGCAGUAGUUUAACAUUUUAUUCACUUUCUUGGCCUGAGGUUGAUCAAGAGACUGAUACCAGUCUUCAUCCAUCUAUCAAUCUACAGCCAAGAAACAGUUAGCUUACCUUAGGUGGCAUAUUAAGUGGAAACAGGGAAACAGCUAGCCCUGGCUCUGUCUGAUGUUUUUACAGUUGGCUGAUGUAAAAAAGUUGGUGUAAUGUCACAAAGUAAUGGAAAUGGAAAUGGAAAUGUGACUUAAAUGUCAACUGAAGCUCCCACUGAUAUCAGAUCUAUCUGUAGCAAUCAGGCUGUAAUGAUCCUCCAAUUAAUACAUGCAAAAAGUGCCAGUGUCUUGUUUCCAUCAUGUUUUCUACCUUGUUCCACUCAUUGAGGUGUGACCAGUGUUCUAUUAAUUAUGUCAUCUCAUUGCAUUCUCUAUCCCUGCAGUGGCCUAAUGGCAUCCAACUGAAGCAAUAUAAAAUUAUUUUAUUUUAUUUUUAUUUUUUACCAUAGCUGUUUCUCCCUUUUCCCAGUUUUUAUGUUAAGCUAAGUUAACUGGGUCUUGGCUGUAGCUUCAUAUUUAGCAUAUAAAUGGGAUAGUGGCAUCAAUCUUCUCAUCUAACUCUUGGCAAAAAAGACAAACAAGUUUGUUUCCCACAAUGUGAAACUAUUACCAUAAAACUAAAUUGAAAAUAAUUCCAGCUGCUGUUAUAAACUACACUACCUUACAAUUAGCAUCCCGCAUGCCCCAAAAAUGUCUACGAACACCCGGUCCACAGACAAACAGAGGACUGUUCCAGCAAGUAAAAUUGUCAGGGUAACUUACUCAGCAAAGUUAGCCAGAGUUAAUGUCUGUUUGUUAUAACCCCAUGCUAUGAUACACGUGCACGCUAUGAUAUGUUCAAAUUCCUGGUAAUUCAUUACUCAGAACAUCUGUGAAUAAUAACAUCUCAUUUGGAGAUCUUACAAUGAUUAAAACUCAAAACAAAAGUACUUGCAUAUUAAUGAAUGAGUUCCAUUAUGCUACCAUAAUGAAUGUCUCCUGAGGAAUACUGGAAGUUGAUCAGCAAACUAUCAAACUCACAGGGUUGUGUUUCAAGUGUGACCAGCUGUGAUGCUAUGUGGUGUCCAGAAUGGAGAUCCAGGAACAUGGUGUUCAGGGCAAAAUUUUUUAAACCAUUUUGCCAGACCUGAAAAGAGCCAUCUUUAGUCAGAGCGAGCCAACUGUUAAGUAUUUAGUCUUAAUGGGUAAUGACUCAGAUAUGACUCAGAGGACUUUCUACCUUUGUGCCUAAAAGUAUUUAGAUUUGCCAUUGUCCAAAACCACUAUAUUUUGACUCUGUUUGUUUAAAAAACUCAUGUCUCUCUGGGUUACAGCCACCUGUCCAGCAGAACACCAUCUCAACACACUGGUGAAUCAUUUUGGCAGGAAAAUCCCUUUCAAAUUCCCCUGCCCUCAGUUUUCCCAGAGUUAGUCUCACACCACAAUCGUUUGUUGUUCACAGGCAGACCACUCGGCCUUCACACCAGAGUACCAACAUGUAACAUAUAUGUGAUAAUCUAACACAGCCUCAGAGGGGCUGAUUCUGCAAUAACAAUCCUCUGUCAUUAUCUACCACCUGCUUACCAAAGACAGUCAUCAUGUGACACAAAAUACAGAGGAUUUAUUACAAGCUAGAGUAAUUUACAAGCUUCUGCCAAAAAAGGACUAUCAACUUCAAAAUCUGUAUCUGUAGCUUAUGGGCUACCCUGAACACUGAAAUAAACAAAAUGUAAUAGGAGUUAGGUUUAAAUGUCUUUGGAUAUAUUUUUUAAUUUGACCUUUCAGACUGAAUUUGGACACCUUUUAUCAUCUUGGUUGGCAGACUGAAGAAACCUUUUAGAAGCCACUGGAAACUGUGAUUUAUUAAAAUGCCCUGUUGAACUCAACUGUAGGGUUUUACUGUUAAAUGUAUACUCAUUAUAAUCAACUAAAGAAUGUGCUCACACUAACAAAGCUCCACAAAAAGCAGUGUAUACAUUAUGCCUAAAAGUUGUUCAAAAGGUUUCAAACUGCAGUGAACUGCUGAGUUUCUGAGUCAUUGUUGUCUGUGUUGUCAAUGUUAUCUUGUACGUGCAAGUUGGAUAUUUAUCUUCUUUUCUGAACCUCGUGUGGCACAGAAAUCCUGUCUGUAAUCAAUUCCAAAAUGGCCUUGAAUCUUUUCACCCCAGUGCAUGUGCACUGAGGGUUUUUGAUAAGGUGCUUUGUAUAAAGGUGACAAUAGCGUUUAUUACAAAUGUUGUGUAUAUCUUUGAUAUUCUAAUGUUUAUCCUAUUUUGUGAAGAAGAGAGUACAUUUAGGAAAUAUCCAGAAGCUAGUAAUGUGUGUCUAUUGGUACUGCACAGGGUCUGAUCUUUGCUUUGUAACUUUUUUCCCCUCAUGGCUAAAAGUAUGUUAGAUAUUUUCUAGCUUUGUAGAGACUUUGUACGCAUAUGCUAUUCAGUUUAAAUAAAUGGUCAGUUCCAAA